GUCGGGGCGGGCGGGGCCGCGCGGCGAAGAUGGAGGAGGAGGCGGGGGGGCGGCGGGGCGCGCGCCGGGCGGCACCGGGGGGACCCCAGGGCUCCCGGGCGGCGCGGGCACAGCCCCGGUGCCCCGGGCGGCGCUGACGGACACGCGGCUCUGCGAGCCCCCCCCGCCGGCCACCAUGGACCCCCAGAGCGACACAGAGGGGGGGUCCGGCCGUGAGCCCCCGCUGGAGCUGCUGCCCCGUGUCCCGCUGCACGCUGCCCUGCCCGCCCCAGGGCCGGAGGGGCCGGAGGCGCCGGGGCCCGAGGCGGGGCUGGACGCGGGGCUGGCGGCGGCGCGGGAGCAGCAGCUGCAGCGGGAGCUGGUGGCCCUGAAGCAGCAGCAGCAGCUCCAGAAGCAGCUGCUCUUCGCCGAGUUCCAGAAGCAGCACGAGCACCUCACCCGCCAGCACCAGGUCCAGCUCCAGAAGCACCUCAAGCAGCAGCAGGAGGCCCUGGCCGCCCGGCGGCAGCAGGAGCUGGAGCAGCAGCGGCAGCGGGAGCGGCAGGAGCUGGAGCAGCAGCGCCUGGAGCAGCUGCAGAGCCUGCGCCCCAAGGAGCGGGGCCGCGACAGCGCCAUCGCCAGCACGGAGGUGAAGCUGAAGCUCCAGGAGUUCCUGCUCAGCAAGACGAAGGAGCCGGGCCCCGGCGCCCCCAACCAUUCCCUCCCCCAGCACCCCAAAUGUUGGGCUCACCACACCUCGUUGGACCAGAGUUCCCCCCCCCAGACCGGCAGCCCGGGGACCCCCCCGUCCUACAAGCUCCCCCUCCUCGGCACCUACGACGGCCGCGACGAUUUCCCGCUGCGCAAAACCGCGUCCGAGCCCAACCUGAAGGUGCGGUCGCGGCUGAAGCAGAAGGUGGCGGAGCGGAGGAGCAGCCCCCUGCUACGGCGGCGCGACGGCUCCGUGCUGAGCGCCUUCCGCAAGCGCCACGUGGAGAUCACCGUGUCGUCCGUUUGCAGCAGCGCCCCUGGGUCGGGGCCCAGCUCCCCCAACAGCUCCCACGGUGCCCACAACGGCCUGGCCGCCUCUGUCCCCAACAUCCACAGCGAGCAGCUCCUGCCCCAGCCCCACGCCCUGGCCCUGGACGGGGCCCAGCUCAGCCUCUACACGUCCCCAUCGCUGCCCAACCUGUCCCUGGGGCUGCAGGCCACUGUCACCGUCACCAGCGCCCACCUCCCCGUGUCCCCCAAGCUGUCGCCGCAGGCGGAGGGGGAGCGCCCGGGGGUGCCCCCGGGGGUGUCCCCGCUGCGCCCCGGGGCCGCCCUCACCGGGAAGUUCCUGAGCACGUCCUCGAUCCAGGGCUGCCUGCUGGGGGUGGCCCUGGACGGGGACGCCCCGGCGGGGCCACCCUCGCUGCUGCAGCACGUGCUGCUGCUGGAGCAGGCGCGGCAGCAGAGCACCCUCAUCGCUGUGCCCCUGCACGGGCAGUCCCCGCUGGUGACGGGGGAGCGCGGGGGGCCCCCCCGUGGGAACAAGCUGCCGCGGCACCGGCCCCUGAGCCGCACGCAGUCGUCCCCGCUGCCCCAGAGCCCCCAGGCCCUGCCCCACGGCCCCCUCCAGCACCACUUCCUCGACAAGCAGCAGGUGCAGCUGGGCAAGCUGCUCCCCAAGGGGGGGGAGCUGGCACGGCAGCCCCCCACCCACCCCGAGGAGACAGAGGAGGAGCUGACGGAGCAGCAGUCGCCCCCCCCGGGUGAGAGAGGCCCCCCUGGCCCCCCGCUCGGCCCCCCCCUCACCCUGGUGUCCCCAGAGGCCGGGGACCCCCCAGAGCAGCCGCAGGACCCCGAGGGCUGCCCGGAGCCGGGUGACAGCGGGGACGAGGCCGAGGCCACCGGGGACCCCGAUGUCACCGAGCUGGGGGUCACCUACAAGCAGGUGUACCCCGAGGCGCCGCUGCAGCUCUUCCCCGCGCCCCCCCUGGGGGUCCUGGCUCUGCCCCACGCCGCCCUCGCCCGCACCCAGUCCUCCCCCGCCAGCGUCAAACCCCCCCCGCCCGAGGCGCCCCCCAAGCACCUCUUCACCACAGGUGUGGUGUACGACACGUUCAUGCUGAAGCACCAGUGCACCUGCGGGAACACCACCAUCCACCCCGAGCACGCCGGCCGCAUCCAGAGCAUCUGGUCCCGGCUGCAGGAGACGGGGCUGCUGGGCAAGUGCGAGCGGAUCCGGGGCAGGAAGGCGACGCUGGAGGAGAUCCAGACGGUGCACUCGGAGCACCACGCGCUGCUCUACGGCACCAGCCCCCUGAACCGACAGAAACUGGACAGCAAAAAGCUGCUGGGUCCCAUCACUCCGAAGACGUACGCGGUGCUGCCGUGCGGGGGCAUCGGGGUGGACAGUGACACGGUGUGGAACGAGCUGCACUCGUCCAGCGCCGUGCGCACGGCCGUGGGCUGCCUGCUCGAGCUGGCCUUCAAGGUGGCCGCGGGGGAGGUCAAGAAUGGCUUCGCCGUCAUCCGCCCCCCAGGCCACCACGCCGAGGAGUCCACGGCCAUGGGCUUCUGCUUCUUCAACUCGGUGGCCAUCUCGGCCAAGCUGCUGCAGCAGAGGCUCAGCGUGGGCAGGAUCCUCAUCGUGGACUGGGACAUCCACCACGGGAACGGCACCCAGCAGGCCUUCUACAGCGACCCGCACGUGCUCUACAUCUCCCUGCACCGCUACGACGACGGCAACUUCUUCCCGGGCAGCGGCGCCCCCGAGGAGGUGGGCAGCGGGCUGGGCGUGGGCUACAACAUCAACAUCGCCUGGACGGGCGGCGUGGACCCCCCGAUCGGGGACGUGGAGUACCUGACGGCCUUCAGGACCGUGGUGAUGCCCAUCGCCAACGAGUUCUGCCCGGACCUGGUGCUGGUCUCCGCCGGCUUCGACGCCGUCGAGGGCCACCUGUCCCCGCUCGGGGGCUACUCCGUCACCGCCAAGUGCUUCGGGCACCUGACGAAGCAGCUGAUGAUGCUGGCGGGGGGCCGGGUGGUGCUGGCGCUGGAGGGGGGACACGACCUGACGGCCAUUUGUGACGCCAGCGAGGCCUGUGUCACCGCCCUGCUGGGCCUGGAGCUGGAGCCCCUGGACCCGGCCCUGCUGCAGCAGAAGCCCAACGUGAACGCGGUGGCCACGCUGGAGAAGGUCAUCGAGAUCCAGAGCCGCCACUGGAGCUCCGUGCGCCGCUCGGCCGCCGCCGUGGGCCGGUCCCUGCUGGAGGCGCAGCGCGGGGACACCGAGGAGGCCGAGACGGUGACAGCGAUGGCCCUGCUGUCCGUGGGCGCCGAGCAGGGCGGCACCGAGCCCCGGCACCGGCCAGCGGAGGAGCCGAUGGAGGCCGAGCCCACGCUCUGACCCGCCCGGAUUGUCCAGAACACCAAGGGACACCCGGAAGAGACGAAAAACACACACAAAAAAAUCACAGUAAAAAAAAAAAAAAUCCAAAACACACCAAAAAAAAACCACUAAAAAAAAAAAAAAAAAAAAAAAAAAGACAAAAAAAAAAAAGGCAGAAAUCAAAAGGAAAACCAGAAAAAAAGAGGAAAAUAUUUUCUUUUUCUAUUAAAAAGAGGAGAAAAAGACAAAAAAAAAAUAUCCCCCCGCCCGUCCUGUGGCCCUGGCUCCCCGCGGUGUUUGCGGUCGUGUCUCUUGUGCAGCAGCGGUUCCACCAGCACCCCCUGUCCCCCCCUGUCCCCUGUGUCCCCCCCGUGUCCCCCCCGUGUCUGCCGGGUCCCCCCGGCGCUGCCAGGACCCCCCCGGGGCUCCUCGAGAUUUUUUUUAGGGGUUUUUCCUUAUUUUCCCCCCAUUUUUGUGUCUCCCCCCCUCGUUCCCUCCCUGGCUCCAGCAUCUGUCCCCCCCCACGGGAGGCGAUGGGAAAUAUUCGUGCCUUUAAGUAAGUAUUUUUUUUUAAUGCCUUAAUUUCCCUUCAUUUUGGGUUUUCUUAAUUUUCUUGGGUUUUUUUUUUUCCCUUCGGCCUCCCCGUUUGGGAAGGGGACAGGAGACAAAGGGACGAGCCCUGUCCCCCCCACCCCCAUCCCUUUGUCACCCCGGCGCCUUUGUUGGGAUCAAUUUUGUCCUUACAGGAGAGGAAAAAAAAAAAAAAAAAGAGGGAAAACCACUUUAUUUUCCUGUUUUGUCACCAGCCGGAGGGGCCUCGGAGCGAUUUUAGCUUUAAAAGAGAGAAAACCACCCAACCCCCCCCAAAAAAAGG